UGGAAAGCAAGCUGGAAAGCCAACAUUCAUUCAAUGAGCCGUAAAGGAAAGAGUCAGGAGCUGUAGUGACGUGAUUCCUUUACAGCAGCAAUUUUUCUCUGUCGUUGAACAGAACAAAAACAUCUGCCCAAUAGAGUGAGAGCUCGCGACCUUGAAUUCGACCCACCGCCAAGCCCACGAAGGUCUUCUAGCCUCUAGCUCGCCUCACUACUCACUACUGUCAUAACUAUAGAGUCGGUCAGUGUUUGUGCUAGUGUAAGGUCGUCAACAGCCGCUCAAUAACACACAGUUGCAUGUGAUUCAGUCUGCAUGGAAAUAACGACUACUUUUAUUUCCCCGUCAACUAAAAUUUGAACCUCUGGUACAGCCAAAUAAUUGAACAUGUUUCUCAGAGCUUCCAUCCUUCUCCUUUGCUGGGGAUGGGCGGAAAGCCUGAAUACGACAACUUCCACCCCCAGUCUGGGAGAAAUGCCACAUGCUGUCGUGGUUCUCAUACUUGAAAAUGGUAAAACUGUUGGAAAAUGCACCGGCUCAAUAAUUCACGAAGCUUGGGUACUUACUGCUGGACAUUGUGUAGUGAAAAAUAAUGGAAAACAGUAUGCUCCGGGAGAAAUAUUGGUUGUUGCUGGUGUGAUUGAUUACGAAAAUAAAGGUCCAUCGGCCCAAGAAAGAAAUGGAUUACAGAUCGUAGUUCAUAAAGACUAUGUUGAAUCACGUCUGGCAAAGUUCGAUUUAGCACUGAUAAAGGUACUGCCUUUCAAUGUGAACAACAUGGUGAAGCCAGUGAAGUUGUCAGCGAAGGAAUGGCCGCAAGAUGGCCGCAUGUACAACCGGAAGUGCACUUCGGCGGGGUGGGGCAUGCUCGAGGGAAGAACCAAAACUAGUGUACUUCACAAGCAGGCGACAACCGCCAAGCAUGGUCUCAAGGCCUGUCAUUGUGUCCCUGAUGGGUACGCACUGAAGCGGAUAAUCUGUCUGACGCCUGAGGACAAGAUAGGAGUGUGCUUCGGCGACUCGGGUGGAGCAUUGCUGUGCGACGGAGAAGCUGUGGGAGUGUCACACGUCAUCAUGGACAAGCGAAGCUGCAGCUACUUCAAGUCGCCUGACGACACUAUCAUGUGCGAGUCGCCAGCUGUGUUCGGAGUCUACAUGUACAUAUGUCCGUUCCUGCCUUGGAUCAGAGAACAUGUUCCCGACAUGCCCACUCCCCCCGCCAGUUGCCCCGCCCCUCCCUCUGCACCUCUGUCGCACACAGUUAUUGCCCUCGUCAUGAUGGCAUCUUUAGCAAUCUUCAAAUUGAUAAGACCGUUCUAGUAGGUCAGAAACACCAAACUAGUGAGCUUAACCUCAUAAUCAUUAUUGAACAGGAGACUGCCUUGCGACAAUCAUUCAUUUGAUAAGUUUGAAACGGAAAUAAUGGUGAUAAUAGUCAAAUUUCUGUCCCAUAUGUCUCGCUACCACUGUACCACCUUCACUAAUAAGAUUAUAUGGACAUUCCAUAUCAAUGGAAUCGGAUUAAUCAAUCAGUCAUUACCAUAUUAUCCAUGUGUUGGUUCGAAAAUUUCUAUAAAGACGCUUGAACAAUUAUUUCAUGUUGUUCCACGUUAUAUAAAAACAAACUUUAUUGACAUUCGAUCACCAACAAAAGCCUCUCCAAAUUAAGUUUAGAGAUAAAAUACAAAGGUUGGAAAUUUAAAUUAAUUAUUUUAAUUUUUGUUUCGCUCAAAACGUCUCUAGAUCUACGUUAAAGCUGAAGAAAAUAUUGAAAGCUACCGUAUUCAGAAAAUGUUUAUGUUUUCUUGUAUAAGUGUUCAUAGCUAGUUCUAAAGCUUUUGAGGCAAUAAUAAAAGCCAUAAAUGAAGAAUUCAAACUUAUAAUUCAGUAUCAUUGGAAGCAGAAUUGACGUAUAGAAGUUCUUACUUUGUAAAUAGAUUAUAAGUGGAAUUUACAGUAGCAUUACGUACUGUAGAUUUAUCUUAUUAUAAUUAUUGUGAGUAAAUCUACCAGAGAUGAUAGAUGAUACACUACACUUUAUUAUUUUCCACUAUAAUAUUCAAGAAGCUUAAAAAUAUUGAGUAGUUUUUAAAAGCGACUGAUGAGUUGGUUGAAGUGAUUAUAUAGCCUGAUAUUAUUGUGAUCCAUAUUUUAAAGUGUAAUGAGUAAGUAAGUUAAUUAUAUCAAUUUUAUGUAUGGAGGAAUAUGUCUUCGAAACACUUUUCAAGUUUUCCAUUAUUUCAAUAGCAAGGCAAUCAUUUCAACAAAUGACUGAAUCACAGAAUUGAUUGUGUUCUAUGGAUGUAGCAUAUUCCAAACACAUAUGGAACUGCUAGGUACCACCGUAUGUUAGAAGACCUAGUUUGGGGAUUUUUGAGGUUAGCAUGCACUAUUAUUAUCCAAUUGAGUAGAGUCUGGGGUAUAUUAUUAAUGUUUGUCAUUGUUAUAGAUAUCAUCUAUUGUGACGAUUGUUGAGAAGAAUCUAGUUCUCUGACAGCUUAGAUGAGAAUUCAGGUCAAAUUUGAAUAAUUUGUAGAGCGUGUUGACAUUAUUUCGUCAAAUUUAUGUUCUUUUGAUGAUACAAAAUGUCAAUUAACAUGACAGAUGAUGAGAAAAAAUGAAUUUUAUACUGUUGAUUUAAAUAUUUUUAUAUGUAACUUUUUAAUAAUAAAGAGCGAUUUUCCCCUAUGUUUGCUAUGAAAGUCAGUGCAUGUAUGUUGUAAAUUAUGAGAAAGCAAGUGUCGACUGUUACCAAUAUUCGAUGGCCCAUGACAAUCUCACAAGUUGUUUAGAAAAUAUCAUGAAUAAUUUUGAAAUAGAAUUCACUGAAGUCAUGCUUUUAUAAUUCACUAAAUACUGAACAAUUGAAUUUAUUAGAUUUGUAUAUAAAGAAUACUAAUAAUAUUAUAUUCUAGUGAUAUUUGUAUUACGUAUACUAUAAUAAAUUGUUUAUAGAUUAUUGAACUUUAAUAACAUACAGUUUUUACGGAUGUGAUAAAAGUAAACACGUAAGAUAUAACGUAUUUAAUAAAUUGCACCCUAACUAACAUAUUUUUAUAAUUCUAUUAAAAAAUGUAAUCUAC